UAAUAUUAUUGUGCAACGUUCCGAAAUGACAAGUGUUUAAAACUAGCUUAUUUAUUUUUGAAUGCACAAGUGUCAACUAAAAAUGCAUUAAAGUUUGUGUACAGUUUUGUUUCUGUUGUAAUGUUUAUUCUAAUUUGACCCUGAAUUUUACACCAAAAUAACAAAGAAUAUGGAAUCAUUCUUCAGUCUCUUUGAGCCUACUUACAAUGAAUGUCCUCACAGUGAGGAAUUUGGAUUGGAUAAUAUGAAUAAUAGGACUUCUCUACCCCCAGAGCCUCAGCUUGGAAAUGUGGAAUACAAAUUAAAGAUUGUCAAUCCCACUAAACAGAGAUUUGAGCACUUAGUCACACAGUUAAAGUGGAGAUUGCGCGAGGGAAAUGGAGAGGCUAUCUACGAAAUCGGUGUGGAAGACAGUGGUAUCUUGGCAGGUUUGACAACUCGAGACAUGAAUGCUAGUCUCCAAACGCUUAAACAAAUGGCAAUAAAACUGGGAGCAACGACGACAAUAUUGCGAGAGCGAGUGCUAGAUAACGGACGAAGCGUCGCUGAAGUACUGGUCCGAAAAGUACCUGACGAUCAAAAUAACAUCGAGAUAAGGAUAGCUGUGUUAGGAAACGCUGACGCUGGAAAAUCAACUUUACUAGGUGUGUUGACCCAAGGAAGUUUGGAUAAUGGACGUGGCAGAGCUCGUUUAAAUAUGUUUAGGCAUCUUCACGAGAUUCAAAGUGGAAGAACUUCAUCAAUAUCACACGAAAUCCUUGGAUUUAAUUCACAGAUUUCCAGUACUGCAGGAGCUGUAGGCAUGGCCCACGAGCAUCUAGCUAUCGCCAUUGCCUUAAACGUACCCUUUUUCAUAGUAAUAACGAAGAUUGAUUUAGCAUCACCGACUACGACAUUGCAAAACCUGGAAUCAUUUCUGAAACAAGUUGGAACACGAAGGAUACCACUUGUAAUAAAAAGUGUUGACGACGUCAUUACGGCUGGAGCUAACCAAUUGGCAGAAAACGUGGUCCCUAUCUUCCUAGUUUCGAGUGUAAGCGGGACAGGACUGGAUUUGCUGUUGAAGUUCCUACAUGUCUUACCGCCUGGAAUAAGCGCUAAGGAAAAGGAACGACUGGAGCAGGAAUCUCCCGAGUUUCAAAUUGACGAGAACUUCAAGACUGGAGAUGUGGGUCAAAUCAUAGGUGGACUGUUGACGAAAGGAGUUAUAACAGAAGGUACAAAGAUGCAGAUAGGUCCAAUGAAAGACGGUUCCUUUCAGAAAGUCGCAGUCAAAACUAUUCACCGCAAUAGAGUACCAUGCAGGAUGGUACGAGCUGGACAAAGCGCGUCAUUGGGGCUGAACACGUACAUUCACGGAUUGAGGAAUGGUAUGGUUCUGCUAAGUGAAGACGAAGACGCCAAAGCAUGCCUGUUCUUCCAAGCUAGCGUUUCCGUGCUGUUUCACGCUACCGCCAUCUAUCCAGGAUUUCAGACAACGGUUUACAUAGGAAACAUUCGGCAGACGGCCGUCAUUAUGGGUAUAUGUUCUUCCAGGUGCAUUCACACCAACGAACGUGACUCGGUGUUGUUCAGAUUUAAACUACAUGCAGAGUACGUUGCUGUUGGCCAACGCCUUCUCUUCAAAGAAGGAUCUUCGAAAGGUAUAGGGGAAAUCACGCAGAUUUUUCCAUUAACAUCACCACUACUUGAAUCUUGAGUUGAUCUUAGUACCUAGAAAGUCUUUUGAUAAAAGUCUAGGCAUUAACUAUUUGAAUUUUUGAAUUUUGAAAUAUUAGUUUUGAAUAAACUAUUUUCGGUCGGAACUACCAACGCUAAUCAAAUCAAGAUAUCUAUUUUAUCAACGGGCAUAACAAUGACAUAAAUUAUAAUAUACUAACCUCCUUUAACUUAUCUAAUACUGAAUUUACUUUUAUUUGCAGCAUUGCCUUGAAUAGCCACAGUUUUAUUACAAUUUUAUAGUCUCUAUUUUGUUUUUUAUCAUAUUUUUGUAGUUCUUACUCUUACACUUUUGAUGGACUGACUUUCUCUCUUAAAGCCUCAUAAAAAAGCUCCAUUUUUAUGUAUCUAAACAAGUUAAUAAUCUUCACUUUCAUUGAUCCCAAACACCUCAGCAGCCUCGUAUAUGAUUUUCUCCACUUAGUGCAUAUCUGUACUAGGAUGUUCGCACAACUGCACUAGUUGAAAAGACAAGAUGGACAAGUAGCCUUGGUAUUGGAGUUUCUCUCAUUUUGAUACAUCUCCUUCAAAUCGAAGUAACUUUUCUAAAUAUGCCUAGUUGUCUUAGAUUUUUUAUUCUUAUCUAGUCAUAAAAGUUUGGGUCUUGCUACAUGCUAUAUUGAAUAUCUUUGAAAGUAUC